AUGUUAGAGGAGAAGAUUGUCGAGUUUACCCCCUCCGAUGAGCGGGCGUUAAACCUCGUUGGCGCAACCAUUGUGAUUGACGAGCACGACCAUCCCGGUGUUAAGAUCGCGGCGCACAAUCUUUCUCAAGACUUUGCACGCGUGACCAAAGGAGACGAUAGCCCUAUCCUUGUAUCAAGUAAUCUCAAGGAGGCCAGCCUCAAGGUGGCGAUUGUCGUCGGCUGUAUUGAUUCCAGUCCUAUACUACAACGAUUGGAGAGAGAUGGCAAGGUUGACUUUGCAUCGAUUCGUGGUAAAUACGAAUCAUUCUCUACUUGCAUAGUGAACUGUCCUUUUGGGGAUGAGUCAAAUCAUGCUCUCGUCAUUUCUGGUAGUGACAAGAGGGGAGCAAUCUUUGGGGUCUACACCUUGUCUGAGCAGAUUGGGGUCUCACCGUGGUACUGGUGGGCCGAUGUGCCUGCAAAGAACUCCUCUGCAAUUUACGCAAGCCCAAAAUCUACGACACAUGGGGAACCAAGCGUGAAAUACCGAGGAAUCUUUCUCAACGAUGAAGCCCCAGCCCUGACGGGUUGGGUCCUAGAGAAGUUUGGCAAGUAUAACUCGGAAUUUUACAAGAAAGUAUUCGAGCUCUUGCUUCGCCUCAAGGCGAACUUUCUGUGGCCAGCAAUGUGGCCUGGCUAUCCCAACCCUGGUGCCAACUUCUUCGUAGAUGACCCCGACAACCAGCGGAUAGCUGAUGAGUAUGGAAUCGUCAUAUCAACAUCUCAUCACGAACCUAUGCAGCGCCUGUCAAAUGAGUGGUUUCAAGAUAACCCGGAUGGGAGCUGGAAUUGGGAGACGAAUAAGGAAAACAUCACCGCGUUCUUCCGCGAGGGAGCAGAGAGAGCCAAAGAUUACGACUCAUACUUCACGAUAGGCAUGAGGGGUGAGUACGACAAACCGAUUGGUGGUUCUGAUCCGGCUUUGAUCAUCUCCGACGUCAUCAAAACUCAACGAAAGGUGAUUAGAGAUGUCUAUGGGGGCGAGGAUCAAGCCCUACAGCUUCUUGCUUUGUAUAGAGAUGUUGAGCAAAUCUACGAUACGGGCCGGAUAGAGAUUCCCGAUGAUGUCACACUGCUUUUCCAGGACGAUAAUCAUGGCACAAUCCGUCGACUCCCCAACAAGAAGGAGGCACAGAGAAAGGGGGGAUCUGGUCUUUAUUACCAUUUUGAAUACGUCGGUUGGCCACGCAGCUACAAGUGGACUAAUAGUGUGUCUCUAGGGAAAGCAUGGCAUCAGCUCCAGCACGCGUACGCCCGAAAUGUUCGUCAAAUUUGGCUCUUCAAUGUCGGGGAUCUCAAACCUUUAGAGACUCCAAUUACAUGGGCUAUGAGUCUAGCAUGGAAUAUCAAGAAUAUUACCGCUACUGCCCUCCGGGACUUCCUCCGUGCGACUGCAGAGCGAGAUUUUGGUUCCGAACUUAGAGAUGAGAUUGGUGAUGUCUACUACCAAUACGAUCGCCUGGUUUCGAUGCGCAAACACGAACUGAUUGAACCAGAAACCUUCUCCGUUUUGCAUUACCAAGAAGCCGAGAAGAUCCUUGACCAAUGGACACAGCUAAGAGAAAAGGCCGAGUCCGUCUACAAACGUCUCUCAGAGGAGCAAAAGCCAGCAGGUUACCAACUGAUCCUCCACCCUGUCAAAUCCACACAAGUGUUCAUCGAGCUUCGCGUGACACAAGCACGCAACAAGCUAUAUUCUCUUCAGAGACGCAACACAGCCAACACAACGGCUCAGCAUGCUCUUGAUUUAUUUGACGCUGAUUUUGAUAUCCAACUUGAGUUCCACUCGCUCUUAGGCGGGAGGUGGAAUCACAUGUUGCGGCAGACCCAUCUUGGAUUCGGAGACACAUGGCAUGCUCCAUACCGAGAUAUGAUAACAGGCCUGGGUUUUGUGCAGCGUCGCCAAAAUUCCAACCCAAUCGUUGGACAGAUGGGAGUCUCCGUUGAAGGCCAUGCGGGAAUUCGCCCAGGACUCAUCAAUGAGGAGUCUGAGCGUACGCAUCCCAGCCGCCGUGAUCUCGUGCCAGGGUUGACACUUGGCGAGAUGAGCUACUAUGGCCCUGCUACCAGAUGGUUCGAAAUAUGGACUCGUGGUACCCCUACCAUUCAUUGGACAGCCUCAGCACCAUAUUCAUGGCUGCGGCUCUCCCAGUAUUCUGGAUUUCUGGUCCCAGGCCGACAGGAUUUUCGGGUCGAGAUAUCUGUGGAUUGGGGCCAGGUUCCCGAUGAUUUCGAUCAGGAAGUUUUGGUCGGCAUCCACAGCGGCAUUGGAGACUUUGAGCAAGUUCACAUCCCAAUUGAUAACAACCGCGUUCCUGAUUCUUUCGCGGGGGGAUUUAUUGAGAGCUCCGGCUAUAUUUCUAUUCCAGCUUCAAGUACUGCUUCCCUGCCUGGCUAUAUCUCUCUGCCUGAUACGGGGAGAACAGCGUCUGGGUCAGUCAGCCUUGAUGUGACGAAAGACCGCGGUAAGGAAGUAAACUGCUUCCUCAACUAUCCGUUCUACCAGUUCUCGGCAUUAGCUACUGCAAAACUUACGCUUGUCUUCGGCAUUACACUCAGCACAUCGGACGAAGACGUCAAUUCAUAUGACCUACAGUUAAACGAAGGUCCAGUAUCACAUCAUAAUCUUGAAGAGUUUACACAAGAAAGCAUCCAGGAGGGCUUAGCUGACGGCAUCCCUCGAGCCAACGGGUGGAAAAAAGCAGCUUCUGACCUCAUUUGGCAGAGACAUCAUGAGCUAACCGGAUUGAAGCCUGGGGCUCACACGCUUAAAGUGAGGCUGCGACAUCAAAACAUCCUGCUGGAGAGGUUGAUCAUUGAUUACGGUGGUGUUCGGGAGAGUUACCUUGGUCCGCCUUCAAGUUUCAAACUAGAAGCAAAAUCAUCCGAUAUAAUUCAAUGA